UAUGCGAAGGCAUCUCAAACAAAGUAAAAUUUCUUAAAUGCUAUAAACAAUUGGAUAUACCAAGUCAGAAAGGAUUGCAUGGAGAUGUUUCCACAAGUUGAAACUCGACUUAUCACAUGCUUGAUUAUGUCAUCAUCUAUCAGACUGCAUUUCAACAACUAGAAUUGGUGGAUAAAAACUUUAAAGUGUGUCCAAGCAAUGAGGAUUGGAAAAAGAUUGAACACUUAUGUUUCUUUUUGAAACAUUUUAAUGACAUUACUAAAUUAUUGUUUGGGUCAAAGUACCUAACAGAAAAUUUAUAUUUUAAUAAUGCAUGGAAUAUACAUUUGUCUUUGUUGAAAACGAUAAAUCAGGGAGAAGACUAUUGAAGAAGAUGGCACAAGAAAUGGAAAAGAAGUUUGACAAGUAUUGGGACUCAUAUAGCAUCAUUUUAGCUAUUGCAGUUGUAUUUGAUCCUCGUUACAAGCUAAUCUUUGUUAGGUAUGAUAAGAUAUACAGUUUGGAUUCAACAGUAAUGGAAAAGUUUAACCUUGUGAAAUUAAUCUUAGCACGACUCUUUGAAGAGUAUCAGUGCAUGGAGAUAACUGAGGAAGAUAGGGGAUUACAGUCACAUGCUAUUGAGGACAAUACAGUUGGAGAUGUUUUAGAUUGGGAGGAGCUAUCCAUGUAUGAGAGUUCCACUAUUAAUGUAAUACAAGAUAAAUCUGAAUUGGAUUUAUAUCUAGAAGCUAAGGAUUAAAGAUCUGAUCAAGCAUUAUGAUGUAUUGGCCUUUUGGAAGUUACAAGGAGCAAAGUAUUGUAAUCUUUCUCGGAUGGCACGUGAUGUGUUGGCUAUUCGGGUAUCAACUGUUGCUUCUAAAUCUACUUUUAGUGCUGGAAGUAAAGUCAUUGACAAAAACAGAAGUAAGUUAUUACCUACAAAAGUUGAAGCGUUGAUUUGCCUUCGAGAUUGGAUGUUCGGAGUAGACUUUAGAGGUAAUUUCUAAAAAUUUAAAUAUACAUUUUUCAUCCGUUAAAAAAAAUGUUGCUUCAUCACAUUUUUUUGUCAUAUUUUAAUAUCUUAUAUGUCCUCUUGUUCAUUUUGUACACUUUUAAAGCUGAACCAGUUGAUGAUGCCAGUGAUUUAGCUAAUGCUUUGGGAGAUGUGUUGUCUUUGGAUGUGAGUGGUGAUACUAAUAUUAUAGUAGAACCUACGCAAAGAUCUUCUAAUGCCUCUACUGCUACUAAUGUUUAGUCUAUUAGGUAAAAUUUCACAGGUAAUAUCAUUCUUGUUCUUUGAUUAUGACAUAUUCGCUAUCCUUUAUCUUUAUAUUUACUAAUGUUUAUGUUUCAUCUAUUUUCUAUUAGGUGGGAUUCAUGUUGAAGCACUCCAUGUUGGAUCAAAUCAGAAUAUUUUUGGGUCAUGUAUCCAAAUAUUUAACUUUGGAGAUGUUUAGAUACAAAUUUAAGAUUUCUAAAUAUUUUAAUUGUGGGAUGCUUGGAUAAGGAUUUAGGACUUUUUAUGAUUCUAAAUAUUUUAAU